GCCAUCCCCUUGAGCCCAACUCUAGCCAUAGCCCUAAUCUCCCAACUCUUUCUUUACCCUCCAGCAGCCCACAUCUUCUUCUUCUUCAAUCUUCACCUGCUCACACUACACAUACCCAUCAGCACCACCGAUUAUCUCAGGUGUUUGAUUUUUCCCUUAGAGUUGGAGUGUGCAAUGAGAAGGAAUAAUUUCCAUGAACCACGUGUACAAGUUCCACGCUUGGCUUAUCAAAACUGGCCAACAGAAUCACCCUCCCUCCCUUCGACGCAUCCUACUAUGGUGUGCUGCCACACCAUCCCUGAAAAGCUUAUCCUAAUUCUGCGCUCUCUUUGCCUACAUUCCCUCUCCGGACACCUUUGCUUAUAACACCAUCAUCAGAGCUCAUGUAGCAGCCCACUCUUCUCCCUCCCAUGCAGUCUCCUUCUUUACCCAAAUGCGUCAGCGAGGUGUUCUACCCGAUAACUUCACCUUCCCAUUUCUUCUCAAGGCUUGUGCUCACCUCCAACUGGGUCAAGAUGUCCAUGCACUUAUUCUUAAGCUUGGCUUCCAUUCAGACAUAUAUGUUCAGAAUGCAUUAGUUAGUUUUUACGGGGGUUGUGGGUCGGUUGAGCUUGCAUUGAAUGUGUUCCAUGCAAUGCAUCAGAAAGACUUGGUUUCUUGGUCAUCCAUGACAACGGCUUUUCCAAUGAGGCCCUUGCAUUAUUUCGGCAAAUGCAGCUUGCCAAGAAUGUAACGCCAGAUGAGGUCACUAUGCUUAGUGUGAUAUCCGCUGUUUCGAGCUUAGGGGCACUGGAAUUGGGUCAGUGGGUUCAUGACUUUAUAAACAAAAGUCAACUAAAACUUACCGUAUCAUUGGGUACUGCAUUGAUCGACAUGUAUUCGCGUUGUGGAUCUGUUGAUAAAUCUAUUGAAAUUCUUGAUGAAAUGUCAUUGAAGAAUGUACAGACAUGGACAGCAUUGAGUACUGGCCUUGCUGUGCAUGGAUGCAGUAGAGAAGCACUAAGGGUCUUUUAUGAGAUGAAAAAAGCUGGCUUGCAGCCAGAUCAUAUGUCUAUAACUGGGAUUUUAGUGGCAUGUAGCCAUGGUGGACUUGUGGAAGAUGGUAGUUGAGUUUUCAAAAGCAUGAAGAAUGAGUAUGGCCUGGAGCCAAGGCUUGAGCAUUAUGGUUUUCUGGUUGACCUCCUUGGCUGGGCUGGUUUGUUUUCCGAAGCCUAUGAAUUUUAGAGAAAAUGCCAAUAAGGCCAAAUUCUGUGAUUUGGAGGACCCUUCUCGGAGCAUGUGUAAAUCAUAACAAUCUUGUGUUGGCUAAGAAAGUGAAGAAGAGGUUGAACAAGCUAGAUCGUUAUCAUGAUGGUGAUUAUGUGCUUUUAUCUGAUGUUAGGAAUUCAAUGAGGGCAAGGAAAGUUAACAAGAAAGCUGGUUCUAGUUCAAUUAGUGUAGACCAAAUCAUUCAUGAGUUCAUUUCAGGGAAUAACUCUCAUCCCCAAUCACAGGAUAUUAGAGAUUUCUUAGACAGAAUAUUUGAAAGUAUAAAAGACACGGGAUAUACUCCCCUUACAUCGAAUGUAUUGCAUGACAUUGAAGAGGAGGAGAAGGAGCAUACUCUUGGUUAUCAUAGUGAGAAAUUGGCUGUGGCUUUUGCACUUCUGAGUGUCAAGGAUACUAGGACCAUUAGGGUCAUGAAGAAUAUUCGAAUCUGUUGUGACUGCCAUUCUUUCAUGAAGCAUGUUUCAGCCAAAUUUGGUAGAGAAAUUAUUGUUCGCGAUCGAAAUCUGUUCCAUAAUUUUAUCAAUAGAUCAUGUUCUUGUCAAGAUUAUUGGUGACAGAUGGUCCAUAGUUGCUCUUCUCGUCUAUUGCCUUGUAAUAAAAUCUAUCAUCACUCCAUCAUUUCUUCACCUUUAUGAGGAAAUUUCUAUAAUUUGCAUUUUAUGGAACUGAGAUUACAAGUUUUGAAACUUAAGGGCCUUUACCUUCAGAUACAUUAUUGGAAGCUUUAGUCAAACUAAUUGUCACUGUAUGAUCAAAUAUUGUCAGGCAAAGCAAGGUCAUUCAGUUAAUUGUGAAUCACUCAAAAAGUCAUGGAGUUGAUGGUCAUUGGAUUUCUAGCAGAAUUAAUGUUCAUUAUUAUGUGUUUUAGUCAAAAAUAGUCUCGAAGUUUCAUACUUUUUGCUUAUUCAUGGCUCAGUGGCUCACUAUUCUGAAUAUUACUUAAAGUUUUGAAAGAAUUUCACUAUUGCAUGAGAAAACCUAUUUACUUUGCAAUUCAUACUAACUAUCCAUUUCUGAUGGUUUCAUUUAUGUCAAUUUGUGAUACAUUAUACUGAUCAUACCUUUUGGUUUAGCAGAUAGCAAACAAUAACAUAUAGCAAACAGCCUUUGAUCCAUACACUGAGCCAAGAAAUGAAGGAAGAAGAAGUGAAUCGAUGCCAGAUACAGGAAUGGUACCCUAAGUUUAAAUCCGUGUCUAUCAAAACAUGGAUUCAUGAACUUCCAGAAUCCUUUGUCCAGUAUCUUCUUGAUGAUUCAGGGCCCUUCCUUCUUCCAGUUUCCAUCUCAAAUGAAGAUGCAUUACCUAACAGAAUUCAUAAUCCAGAGGAGGAAGAUGACUAUCAAGUAGUAGAAGGAUCUGAUGAUGAGUCAGAGCAGCCUUCGUUGCCCCCUUCUUUUCCUGAACUUGAGUUGGAGAUUAAGGAAUCCAUUGCAUCGCUUGGAGGUGCUGUGUUCCCGAAGCUAAACUGGAGUGCACCAAAAGAUUCUGCUUGGAUUAGCACAACAGGGACUCUCAGGUGCUCUUCCUUCAGUGAGAUUGCACUGUUGCUACGAUCAUCUGACUCACUGGUGCAUGAUUUGUGUCAUGCGUAUGAUUCCUGCAAUGACAAGACCUCCUCACGGCCCAAGAGCUUCUUCCUUGCUCUCCGUAAAUGGUACCCAUCCCUUCAGCCAGAGAUGGAAUUCCGCUGCUUUGUAAGGAAUCAGAAUUUAGUUGGAAUUUCCCAACGCGAGGCCACAACCUUCUACCCUUCUCUGCUUGAAAGCAAAGAGCAUCUUGGAGUGUUGAUUGAAGACUUCUUUAUGGAAAAUUUAAGGUCAAGAUUUGAGUCAGAAAAUUACACCUUUGAUGUGUAUGUGACAAAGGACGAGCGAGUUAAGGUUAUGGAUUUCAACCCUUGGGGAGCAUUUACACUGCCUCUGAUGUUUACAUGGGAGGAACUGGAACAGAAUGAUAAUGAACAAGGAGAUGGUGUGGACUUCAGAAUUGUGGAGAGCCAGUGUGGUGUUAGGCCAGGUUUGAAGACGGCAGUGCCCUACGAUUAUGUGGACACUAGCUCCGGGAGUGGCUGGGACCAGUUUUUCAGGAGCGCCAAUGAAGAGUUACAGCGUCAAAGUAGGUCUCCUGAAGCAGGUGCUUAAGGUCCUUCAUUGCUUGGUCAAGAAUGAAAAAUUGCAUUUACAUUGUUAGAUGAUACUCCUCGAGUCUAGGUGUUGUUGCCAUUUUACGUAUUUGAUACUCGGGCAGGAGUAGGACUGGGUUGAACUACCUUGGGUGUAGAAACCAGCAUAUGAAAUUUUUAAAGUUCUUUCAUUUCACUUGGUACUUUAAUCCUAUGGUGUAUUAGAGGUGCUUCACUGCAUCAAGAAUCAAGUGUUUUGUUGCUUUUCUAUAGGUUUUUUGUUUUUCUUGUUUAAAUUUGUUUAUUGAGUGAAGAGUGGAAAUGCUUAGUGUAUAGUAACUGGAGUCGAUUCAAUUUUAGAGAAGCUCAA